AUUAAAUGUGGAAUAUGUUUUUAUAUGUUGAAGACAAACUCUUAUCACAGACUUUGUGCGCAUGCGUGUGCGACAGGAAGCGCUGGGUCACAGCCCUCACUGGCGCCGCUCAAUGUCCAGAAGUCACCGACGCAGCAGCCCUGACAACAGUCGCCAGAUGGCCGUCCUGCUCGUUCUUUUGCUGUCGAUGGUGGGAGGGUUGGAUGCUGUGUCGCUGCGGCCCUCCGCCUUCCUCAAGUUGCCGGACAAGAUCGGGUCCUUAAGGUUCGGGGUGGGGUCCGCAUCGCACGCUGCCUUUGACGAGGAGAGGAGCAUCCUCUACGUCGUGGGGACCUAUGGCGGCGUGCUGAACGUGGUAGACAUGGCGGACCCGGACAAUCCGGUUCUGGCUCAGACCAUCGGGUUUGACGCCGUGAUUGACGGGUACCCGGACUCCAUCGCCUACUGCAAGAGAAACUACAUCGAGCAUCUGGCCAUCAGCUUCGUGAGGACCAACACUCCGUCACCCGCCAGUGUGCGCUUCUUUAAGCCAUUGACGUCACCAACCGAUGAAGUGGUCCGACUGUACAGUGUACCCGUCAAUGGCUUCGACCCCACAGACCUGGCCUGGAGCAACGACUGCUCGCGCCUGGUGGUGGUGUCUCAGGGCCGUGUGCACAGGCUGAACGGAGUCUUUGAUGACCCCACUGGUGACGUUGAGGUCAUUCAACCUCGACCUGGCAACACGGCUGACCGCAUCCUCAUCCCCAUCACGAGCGAGAAGCUGGCAGCGGCAGGGGCCCGCCAGGUGUUCUCCAGGUGUAGCAGUGGCUCAGAGCUGGUAUCCGACCGCAGGCAAGACUACGAGCCCCGCUCCGUCACCAUCGAUGCCAACAACGUUGCCUACAUCGCCAGCUCGAAGAACAAUGUCCUGGGGGGACUGAACUUAGAAGCUGCACAGUACGAACUUCAGUUCGCCCCUCAGCUGCUAAAAUCAUGGAGAAACCAGGGAAUAGACACCAGCUCUCAGGACGGAGGUAUCAACCUUCAGUCGUAUCCCAUCAACACCUUCUACCAGUCGGCGGCACUGGCCAGCUUCACGAUGAACGGGGAAACAUUCCUGGCAUCUGCUGACACCGGGGAGUUCACAAGGUACAGCAUCGCCGAUGUCGGCUGUGAUUUCGAGGAGUCAGCAACAGGCUAUGACUGGCUUUACACCAUCAAUAAUGCCUUCGCAGGCAGCAUGUCUUCCAGUGACCAGUCCAUCCUACGAGAAGCGCUUGGUAAUCCAGCAAAGCUAGCUCAAAUGAGGUUCACCAACUUAAAAACCGCUGCGGAUGGCUACUCCCUAACUCAGGAAGGCUACUCGCACCUCACUGGCUACGGUGGACGGGGUAUGUCCGUGCUGCGGGUGUCCACACAAACACGGGUGUACGACUCGGGGGAUCUGUUUGAAAGAGUGUUUACAGAAGCCAGCACCCCGAGUGUGUACCGAGAACUUUUCAACGCCAGACUGGAGGGCGGCAACUCAAAGCCAACAGACUCCGUCGACCAGAUGUCACCAGAAACAGGCCCGAGGCCAUCAGCUAUAGCAGUUGGUCGAGUUGACGACGACACGCUGUUGCUGGUGGUGUCUAACGGCAACGUGGGCGGGUUGUACACCUCACGGUGGACACGAGGGACGCGCUGCCCAACCCAGUGUUCCAAGGCUUCAUCAGGCGAGGCAACCCGGGGCUCAGCUGGGACGAGGCCUACAGGCGCAACGACGACUCGGUUGGAGAAGCGGACGUACAAGCUAUAAAGUGGCUGAACACCAACAAGGGUGCGUACGUGGCUGUUCUGGGCAACGUGGGCGGCAUCCUCAGUCUGUACAAAGUGACUCCCUAGCAACCCUGAGGUCGGCCAGCCAGUCUACAACCAAGAUGUCAGUCCGCCUACCCUGUGAAGUGAUUUGUUGGGGCACGUGACCCUAGACCGGCCAUUCUGGCAACAUGGACACAGUUGUUGACGACUGACAGUUCUUGUCCACAUUGUACAGAAGUGAAAAAUAUAUAUAGUCGUUACACGGU